AUGUAUCAUAACCUAACAACGACUACUUCCUCUGCUCUUCACUCUAUUCGACAACCAGUCUACAAAACCACAACCAUCGCACCACCACCGCCGCAACAACAACCGCAGAACCAAACUUGUAAUAAUAACACAGCCUUAGAUGUUCUGCGUUUAAUGGAUGGCCUAGAACUUGCUGUUUCCCCAGAUAUAUGUGUUUCUCUUGUUGUUGAAUGCACUCGAAAGGGCGACGCCAUUGAAGCAGCAGAACUGUAUGCCCACAUCAAGAAAAAUGCUAGGAUUGUCAGUUUCCUCAAGACCCUUUCUGGGUUGUGUUUGCUAAACAGAAUAUUAUUGAUGCUUGUUACUUGCGGUUGUUUUGAUAUUGCCCACCAACUGUUCGACGAAAUGCCUCACAGAAAUUCUAUUUCUUUGGCUAUUGUGAUUGCUGAACUUGUUGAUAAUCAUCUCUUUGAGCAAGCUUUGUGGUUAUUUGUCAAGAUGCACAGACGGGUUAUUUAUCAGGACAAUGAUAUGGGUUUGCAAGUUGUUGUGGUUAGUUUUCUUAAGUCUUGUUUGCAUUUAAAGAAGGUUAAUUUGGGUAAGAUGCUUCAUGGGUGGCUGCUUAGAAUGGGUUACAAUAGAGGAUUAAUUGUGGACACUGCCUUAGUUGAAUUCUAUGGAAAAUCGGGAUGUUUAUGGGAGGCCAAUCAUGUGUUCUUUGACCAUAUUCGGAUGGUUGAUCGUCGUGAUACUGUGCUAUGGACGGGUAUUAUUGUAAAUAAUUGUCGCGAAAAAUGCUACAAAGAGGUGAUCAGAAUAUUUCAGGAGAUGGGUGAGGCCGGUGUGAGGAUGAAUGAGUAUACAUUUUCUACUGUCCUUAAAGCUUGUGGAAGAAUAAGUAGUGAUAAAUCAUUGGGGCAACAAGUUCAUGGCAAUGCUAUAAAGCUUGAUUUAGGCACUCAUGUCUUUGUGAUGUGUACUCUGAUUGACAUGUAUGGGAGAUGUGGAUUGUUGAAAGACGCUAAGAAGGUUUUUGACAUGAUGGAUCAUCGUAGCAAAAGAAACAGCGCGGGUUGGAAUGCAAUGGUUACUGGUUUGAUACACCAUGGAUUUUACAUUGAAGCGUUAAAGAUGUUGUAUGAAAUGGAGGCAGCAGGUCUGCAGCCACAAAAAUCAAUGAUUGAUGAAGGUUUAGAACAUAAGCACAUUGUCCCCAACAUGAUGCGGUCUUUGCUUUCUGUGUUUUUUGGACCAAGCUAUGGUAACUCUUCAGCUAAGAAAGUUGCAGAGCAGACAUGA